UAUUUUUAGAGAAAAUCCGGCCCUGUGCAGGCAGGAAGCUCUCUGAAAAUCUAAUGAAGAACACAGCAGUCAUGCAGAGUUGCUAGUCCCAGAGCAAACAGAACAAAGCUUCUCUUCAGUGUCUAUAUGUGAGUUUUUGCAAAAAGACUAGACCUCUCAGAAUUUUUUAUUGUGGUGGCUGUAACUGUAGCCUGCUCAAACUGUGCAGGACAGUGUCCAGCCAAAGAGCCUCUUUGCCCUGCCCUCAGGCCUCUUCAGCUUGUGGAUCUCCGUGCGGAGGAACGCCUCUUUGGUGGCUGUGACAGGGAGAAUUAGGCAAGAGAUGCGGGUUCACUUGCCCUACGUAGGGGCUUAUCUUGGGCUAAGCUGAGGGACUAAUAGCAAAGCCAGCCUCCGCUCCAGCCGGUCUGAGGGCACAGGGAACCAUCUGUCCACUCUGUGGAUAACUGACAACAAAGGGGGCAAACAUUGAACACGGACUACAAACUAAAAGGCCAUUCAUUUAGGAGAUACCACAAAUACAGAAGAGGAGCAAGUAUUUUGUAUAUAAGACGCUUUACAUUAAAGCUUGGAAAACACAGAGAAUGUCUGACAAGGAAGAAAUGGCUUCAGAUGGGAGUCUGAAUAUUACACUGACGUUAAGGCUGCUGAUGCAUGGGAAGGAAGUUGGUAGCAUAAUCGGGAAGAAAGGAGAAACAGUAAAGAAGAUGAGGGAGGAGAGUGGUGCUCGUAUCAACAUAUCAGAGGGAUCAUCUCCAGAGAGAAUAAUUACUAUCACAGGACCCACAGAGGGCAUCUUCAGAGCUUUCUCCAUGAUCGCAGAGAAGUUUGAGGAGGAUAUUACUGCAGCAAUGACAAACAGCAACGUGACAAGCAAGCCACCUGUGACACUACGCCUGGUUUUCCCAGGAAGCCAGUGUGGCUCCCUGAUUGGCAAAGGAGGCUCAAAAAUCAAAGAGAUCAGAGAGACCACAGGCGCUCAGGUUCAGGUGGCAGGAGACAUGCUGCCGGACUCUACAGAGAGGGCUGUCACAAUCUCCGGCACUCCACAGGCCAUCACUCAGUGUGUAAGACACAUCUGCUCUGUCAUGCUGGAGUCUCCACCAAAAGGAGCGACUAUUCCCUACCGUCCCAAGACCAUGACUGCUGGAGCCCAUGCAGUAUUAGCACCACAACACUCUGCACAUGCCUUUGCAAUUCCAGGGCAGUAUGCUUUUGCGCAUCAAGAUUUGACCAAGCUUCACCAGCUGGCUAUGCAGCAUAUCCCCCUCCCUUCCCUUGGGCAGAGCAACCCUACCUUCCCUGGUACGUACCCACGGCUCCCUGGGGAAGUCCAUCUAUCCCUCUGUCUUCACUCCUCUUCGAAUCACAUCAUCAACACCCCUGUCACUUCAGAGAGGAUCAAGGAUGUCUCCAUUCUCUCAGAGUUUACAGACACUCUCACAGGAUUGGAUGCGUCUGCCCCCACAAGUUCACAGGAGCUGGCAAUACCUAACGAUUUUAUUGGCUGCAUAAUUGGAAGACAAGGCAGCAAGAUCAAUGAGAUUCGCCAGGUCUCUGGAGCUCACAUCAAAAUUGCCAGUGCCACUGAUGGCUCAGCUAUGCGCCAAGUCACAAUCACAGGCUCGCCCGCCAGCAUCAGCGUCGCCCAGUACCUCAUCAACGCCAGCUUAGAGAUGGCUAAAUACACCAUGCAGGCUGCUUCCUCUGCGAACCCAAUUGACCUCAACAUGAGCUUCUCUCAGUCCGCUCCUACUGCCUCCACUGCUGCUACCUCUAUGGCUGUCCUGGCGGCCACCACUUCUUCCCCCGCCAUUAACGUCCACUCUCCCUCAACCUUACAAACCAUCCAAAACCAACAUUACGCCGUCCCCAUUUCCAGCCUGCUUGGCAUGAAAACUCUUCCCCUCCUGGCUGUCCACCCAGCAGCCGCUUCCAGCCUAGCUCAGGGUUUUUGCCCUUACACCACAAAAAUGACAACCAGCAUCAAAAAAUCUGAGCGGCAGAAGUUUGGUCCUUAUUGAUGUCUGCUUUUUAAGUCAAGUCAGUGUAAUGGACUGGUAAGACAUUAUUAAAUGAUGAGAAAUUAUUUAAGAUUGAGCAUACAUGUAUAGGUGUUACACACCAGUGUGUGUACGUUUUGCGAGUGUAGCACUUCUUUUCCAUAAAUCAGGAGAAUAUUAGAAACAGACGGAAAGGAUGAUAGUAUCAAAACAUGUCCACAUUAAUUACAACAGGCAGCUGAGGUGCAUAUUAACUCAGUAUUACCUUGCGGACAUGCAUAACAAUGAAUGUUGGUAACUCAGGCUUGUACUAGUAUCCUAGAAAAAGCUAUUUUUCAAAUGGAUUCAUGUUACAGAGCUUUAUAUGAUGAAGACUUAAUCCAGGAGAGGUAUUUUCCAUGAUGCAAAUAUUGACUUAGUUUUCUAUCUGUGUAACUAGUUUACAAUAAAUUUUUGGUAGAUUAUUCUAAUUAGUAUUAUAAGACAUUGUGCUUUGUUGGCAGCAGGCUGUUAAAAUGUUUGUCUUGUAAAGUAGAAAUCAGUGUGUUAAAUAUUUCUUUUUUACCAAGGAUUGUCAACCUAACCUUUCCUUCACUGUAGGCUCUCAUCAGUUCUAACAGGCUUGGGUGUUCUGUAGUAGCGUUGCGCUGUUGCAGUUCUGAUGGGAUUAUCCUAAAGCCACAUUGGAUUCUAGUGGAUUUCACUCUACCGUAAUCCUGUAGAGAGCGGGACUGGCCUAACUAACUCAUUUAUUGUUUCUGUACGCUAGCUUAUUCCUUGUUUAUUUCCCAACAUAAAUGACUGGAAUGCUCCAACUUUCAGCAUCUGAAAUGGACGCUGAGCCGUUAUUGUAAUACACGUUUUAUUCAUGUGUUUCUGGUGUGGGUCUUCCCACAAACAAUGCAGAUUUGAAAUAUUUGUUGAUGUAAUGACUUUUAAAUAAAUGGGACUUUUUAUGAAUACA